AUGGAGUCUGGGCACCUCGCUUGAACUUUAUAGCAAAUCCAUACUGGUGCUAGAAUUAUCCUACAGUACAAGCACUCGCCAAGAAGCAAUGGUCAGCGAGCACGAAAUGGUGCCAGGACAGGAUCCCGUCAUCGGUGAGCAGCUGCAGAAGCGCGCGUCAAAAGGCAAUGAAUUGGUGCAAGUCAACGGGUUUACCUUCAUCCGCAAGCGGAAAACAACGGCUGCGGCACCAGCCGACGUCGCUGUGGACGCGGCCGCGUCGGCUCCGGUUCUGCUGCAACCCGAAGCCGGUGGGGGAGCGGAACCCGCUGUGGAGCAAGACGCGGGGCCUCAUCAGGAUACGGUCGUGGGAAGCGAGGAGCUAUUAGAUGCAGCUGAGCUACAGGAGGACGGUGGAGAUGCUCAGCCAAGCAGCAGCGGAGUGCAAGCAGAGCGGAAUGUGGCGGCAGAAGUGGCCAGCCUCGCCAGCUUCGUGCCAUCACAAUGCCCGGCGGGCAUGGCAGUGACCUGGAUGCUGGAGCAGGCCCUCAACCUGGCCGUCAACGCUGACGCCGACAGUGUAGACGCAGCGGUCGCGGCACAGGUGCUGAGCCGCUUCCGCACGGGGCUGGACGAGCAGGUGGCGGGGGCGCAGCAGCUGCUGGAGGCCGGCAGCGCGGAGGAGCUACAGUGCUACGACGCGCUGCCGGGCAUGGUCAAGCAGCUGUGCGCAGGUAGCCGCGCGGCGGCCGGCCUGCGUGCGAAGCUGGCGGCGCUGGAGCAGGAGGAGGCGGCGUGGCUGCAGCUGCAGGCCAAGUACCCGGAGGCCGCGCUGGCCGCGGCGCUGGCGAGCAGGCCGGCCGCUGCCAGCGAGGCGGCGGCGGCGGCGGUACCGCGCGUCUGCCUCAAUGACGUGCUGGCUGCCCAGCGCCGUGCUGACAUGCAGCUAGGCUUCCAGGUGGAGGCACUUGGCACGAUGCUAGACAAGGCCGAGCAGCUGGUGGAGCAGGCGCAGCAGGCCUGCUCGCUUCUGCAGGCGGAGUACCACAAGGAGAACUUCCAGGUGUACGCGCACGUCAACUCGCCCCAGGUGCUGGUAAAGAUCCUGUCGCAGGCGGUGCCGCCAGCUAGCGCGCUGGACUUCGUGCCGGCGUCGCAGCCCUCGCAGUACGCAUGAACGCAUGCAUGAGCGACACGCAGUCCUGGCCGUUCAGUCUUCAUGGAACUUGGAACGGUACCUGAGCAUGCCUCAUUUUGUGGUCCAUUGUACAUACCGUAUUAGGAAGUUCUAGGCGGAAACACCUGGUUAUCGACGUGCGUUGCGGAAUCAAAGGUUGGUUGGUUCGUGUGGGAACGCGGCGAGCACAUGAGAGCCUGGGUUGCCCCGGGUCGGCUGGUCAGUGACAGUCCGCUGGCGAGGGUGGGCUGUAAUUCGCUCGCCUGAUGCGAGACAAUAGCUGUAAAAGGAGGAUGGC